AUGCUUUUAGUAACUGUGAGUGAUUUGUGCAGGGGUUUCGUAGUAUCAUCAGAAAGGGCAUCAAGAGAUAUUAAUGGCCAAACGACUGGUGUUUGUGAGCGCUGGUCCAGUGACCAGAACAAUACAUUCGAAAGUCGUCACCAAUCUUUAUAUUGUGAGAGACUUCUUCACAUAGCAAAAAAAUCAUUGAUAUGCCACAGUUGCAAUACAAUUAGAGAAAAUUGGCACAAAAUCCUGUGUGCUGAUCCCGUCAAAGUACAAUCAAAGGAGAACCUUAAGAGAAAGAGAAGAGAGGAUACGAUGGACAGGGCAGAGCUCAUUCAGAAACUCAAGGAAGAAAGAAGGCUGAAGAACAACGCUUUACGACGUGAAAGGUAUCUGCGAAAAAAGAUUAAUGAAGGAAUGCUAGUGUUUGAUAAUGAAGAUAAUGACGACUUCACCAAAAUAUUCGAAAAAGUUGGAGAAGAUAAAGUACCAGAUAAUUUUAAAUUAAUGUGGAAGGAACAGGCAAAGGCACUUUCAGUUAAAGGAUCAUCUGGUAACAGAUGGCAUCCUAUGUAAGUAUAACCCAACUAUAUGUUAAUUGUUGUAAUAUUGUUUCUACUAAUUAAGCCUGUAAGAUAAAAAGAAACUUGUAUCUCCCAGGCUUAUGAGAAACUUACAACAUGGCCGAUGAUAUGUAACCCUGCAAGUUUACAAGAUCAUAUUUUCCUGGGUUAUUGUGCCCUAACCUGUUCACAUAGGCGUACAAGACAGGGGGCAGAGGAAGCAACUGCAAAACAAAAUUUGGAAAACCAUGGAAAUUCAGGCAAAUGCUAGGAAAAAUCAAGAAAAUUUAGGCAGAUUUAUCAGAAAAUAUGUUAAAAUCAGGUUAUUUCAGUACAAUUCUCCAUAAAGAUUUGACCAAACUUUCAACUGCCCUCCUGGAAAACAUCAGCUCCAUUCUCCUAUGCCUCAGUUCACUGUGGCUAAACAGUAAACAAUUAAGAGUACAGUACAUAAGUUAUAGGAUGAUGUAAUAUUCAGUACUGUAUGUAGAACUGCCAGGAUUGAGAUGGGGGCGACUUGUAUUAUUAUAUUACCACUAUUUUAGAAGCCCCCUUUUGAAAGCCUUGAAUUUUACAGUGGUUUCUAUAUAUCAUUUAUACCUCCCAUAGUCAAUAAAUAUUUGCUGUCUGUGAGAUUAUACCUUGUAAACUUGGAGUUUAUAAGGACAUCAAAAUGUUAAAAUUUUUCUUUCAUAUAUUACAGGUCCUCAUAUACAUGUACAACCUUACAGGCUGUUUAUCCAUAGCCUAUUGAAGGGGAGAUGGCUGUGAAACUCAUUAGAAUAACAAUAUAACUCAUUAUCUAUGUUGGUCAACGUUUAUUCAUAAAUCUGGUCCUUCACCGUUACAUGUGUAAAUUGUAUUUUUACCCAACUAACCAGUAGCAAUGUUUUAGGAGCGUCACCUAUCUGUGACUCGAACAAUAGGGAAACUGGAUAUUGCUAUUGGUAGAUUUGGCAGAAAUACAAUACACAUGUGAUGGUGAAACAACCAGAUUUAUGAAUAAACGUUGACUAACAUAGAUAAUGAGUUAUAUUGUUAUUCUAAUGAGUUUCAGUCAGCCUGCAUCUCACAUUCGAUAGGCCAUAUGGUUUAUCCAAACUGCCACCAUUGUUUAUAUAUUAUCAUUUUUAUUGUAUGUAAUUGAUAGACGUGUAUGUGGUAAUACAUAUAAUUUAAAUUAGUUUAUAAACUAUUACAAUUUAAUUGUAGGGUUAUUCGAUUGUGCCUAUCUGUUUGGAACAGAAGUCCAGAGGCUUAUAGUGAACUUUCUCAAAGUGGCAUGCUUAGACUACCAUCUGGUAGACUUCUUCAAUAUUACAAGAAUGCUGUUCCCCAGCAUGAAGGUUUCAAUGAAGAGGUGCUUCAGUGGAUGGAACAAGAAGCUACUAAAAUUCAACUAUCUGAAGAUGGAAAAUGUGGUGGCAUCAUUUUAGAUGAAAUAUCAAUACAGGUAUAUGAAAGUAAUGUAAUAUGAUGUAAAUGGUUUUGCUUAAAGGUGCUGUACAGUCCGGUUAGCACACAUCUAGCUUUGCAUACAUUUUUUUCUAUAAAAACAAUGGAAUUUAUCAACAAAGUUUUAGCAAUUUUAUAUAUUUUCCUGCUUCCACAAUAAUAUAAAUUAUCAAUUAAAGUAUCACAAUUAAGCAUUGCAAGAAAAUUUAUUACCUUCUUAUAUUACAAGCAGGAGAAUACAAUAUACACAUGGUGAUGCACAGAACAGAAUGUACAGCAUCUUUAAGCAAUGCAUGUGUUGGUGCCAGUAUUGGAUUAAUUAGGUGGCCUAUUAAUACACUUGUAAUGAUUAAAUUUGGUUCACUUAUUAGUAAUUUCUAAUUAGGGUUAGCUGAUGUGUUUAAUAUGCACUUUUAAUUGAUCUUUUUAUUGAAUGGUUGAAUCUAGCUAAUAAAUGUUUCCUAAUUAUAGGAUUUUAAUGGGUGUGUAUACUUUCAUACAUUGCCUCUUAAUUGAUGAGUCAUUGUCUUGAACUUUAUAUAGGAGGAUUUGCAAAUGAAGAAAGUGAAUGGAUCAAACCAACUUGUUGGUUUUGUUGCCCUUGGUCAAGAAAAUGAGGACAUUGAGCAAAUAUGCACUGAAG